UAAAACACAAAUGGCGUUGCUCGAGAAUCGAAAUCGAUAGAAUUAAACAAAUCUUUAAAAACAUAUUAACACGUGCUUUUUAAUUUUAAUCAUAAUUUGCAUUUAAAAUGAUUUCAAAUAAAAUGGAAGCGGAUGAAGAUAAUGAAACAAAAGCAAAAUCUUUUUAUGAAUUAGAAUUAGAUGAUAGAAUUUUAAAGGCUGUUGCAAAAUUAGGUUGGUUAGAACCAACAUUAAUACAAGAAAAAACGAUACCAUUAAUGAUUGAAGGAAAAGAUAUUUUAAUUCGAGCUCGUACAGGAUCUGGAAAAACAGCUGCAUUUACUAUACCACUUAUUCAAAAAAUAUUAUCAAAUAAACAAACACGAAAACAACAAGAAAUUAAAGGUCUUAUUAUAGCUCCAAGCAAAGAAUUAUGUAAACAAAUACAUGAUGUUAUAAUUAGUCUAACAAUAAAAUGUAGCAGAGAAGUAAAAGCUAUUGAUAUCAGUCCUCAAGUAGAUCUUAGUGCACAGAAACUACUAUUAGCAGAAAAACCUGAUAUAGUUGUAAGCACUCCAAGUAAAUUAUUACAACAUUUAAAAGCAAAAAAUAUGAAAUUAAAGCAAUCACUUGAAACAUUAAUAAUUGAUGAAGCUGAUUUGAUAUUUUCAUUUGGAUAUGAAAAUGAAAUAAAAGAUAUAUUGAAUUAUUUACCAAUAUUAUACCAAGCAGUUUUAGCUUCUGCAACGUUAUCUGAAGAUGUGAUAACACUUAAAAAAUUAGUACUUCGUCAUCCUGUGAUUUUAAAAUUGGAGGAAGCUCCAUUGGCUCCACUAUCACAAUUAUCGCAUUAUAGUCUUGCAGCAGAGGAAAAUGAUAAAGCUGCUAUUUUAUGUGCUUUGUUAAAAUUACGUUUAAUUAGGGGAAAGACUAUCAUAUUUGUAAAUACUGUAGAUAGAUGUUAUAAAUUAAAAUUGUUUUUAGAACAAUUUGGAAUAGCAACUUGUGUAUUAAAUUCUGAAUUGCCAGCAGUUUCGCGAUGUAGAGCAGUUACUCAAUUUAAUUCUGGAACAUAUGAUAUUAUAAUAGCAUCAGAUGAAAAAUCUUUAGAAGAACCACAUAUAGCAAAAGUUAAAAGAGGAAAGCGAAAAAAAGACAAAGAAUUUGGUAUAGCCCGGGGAAUUGACUUCCAAUUUGUAUCUAAUGUAUUUAAUUUUGACUUUCCUCCAGAUAUAAAUUCUUAUAUUCAUAGAGCUGGACGUACUGCUCGAGGUAAAAAUGACGGAACAGUGUUGAGUCUCGUGUCAAUAAGAGAAAGACCAAUUCUUGAAGAUGUUGAAGUCGAGUUAAAACAAUGUUAUAAUUGCGAUAAAUUAUUAAAGACAUAUGAAUUUAAAUUAGAAGAAGUCGAAGGUUUUCGAUAUCGAGCAAAAGAUGCUUGGAAAGCAGUAACUCGAAUUGCUGUUCGUGAAGCUCGUUUAAAAGAAAUAAAACAAGAAGUACUCAAUUGUCAAAAAUUAAAAAGUUAUUUUGAAGAUAAUCCAAGAGAUUUGCAAUCAUUGAGACAAGAUAAAGCAUUACAUACUGUAAAAUUACAACCACAUUUAAAAGAUGUACCAGAUUAUAUAAUUCCACCAACUUUAAAAAGACUUGUUAAUACUGGCAAGAAAAAGAAAAAGUUUAAUAGGGAAGCUACAACAUCUAAACCUACUGCUACACAAUCAAAAUAUCGAGCUCGUGCAUCAAAUCCUUUAAUGAGUUUACAAUUACAAAACUUGAAAAAAUGAAUAUUUUGUAUUAAUAAUAAAAUAUUUUUUUUAAACUCA